ACUCACGACACUCGAGGUCGAUUUGAAAAAAAUGGCGGAAAAAGCCUUGAAUUUGCAUCAACAAAUACGUGAGAACGCACAAGAACUGGGUGACUUCUUGCAUGAUCUUAACAAAUGGGAGGAUGAAAUUAAGCAAAAGGACGAAGAUCUUAAAAAAACAGCUAAAAUUGACGAGAUAGGUCAGCCAAUCAGAAGCAGCAAGAAAAAGAAACAGAAAAGGCAAGAUUCAAAGAAAAACAAAGUGAAAUUUGCAGAAGAUAUAAAAGAACAACCAAAGCAAUCAAGAAUCAGUUCAUAUGAUUACGAUGCCUGGUCCAAGUUUGAUGUGGAUACUGCUUGUAAAAAUGUUGAUGAGAAUGAAGGUCAGAAUGGUGGAGAUAGUAGUAGUUCAGAAGAAGAAGAAGAAGAAGAGGAAGUUGAUUCUGAAGCCCUUUUUGAAGCUGAAGAGCGAAGGAGGAAACAAAAAUCUGAGUUUGAGAAAGAAAAGGGAAACAUGCUAUUCAAGGAAGGCAAAUAUGAAGCAGCUAUUAAUAGAUACACAAUUGCCUGUAAUCUGGAUCCACUCAAUUCAAUAAUAUAUGCAAACAGAGCAAUAGCAUUGAUCAAGGUCGAGAGGUUUGCUGCAGCAGAAGCAGAUUGCAGUAAAGCUAUGGAACUGGACCCAACAUAUGCAAAAGCAGUAGCUAGGAGAGCAAUUGCAAGAACCAAGCUGAAGAAAUAUAAAGAAGCCAAAGAAGACCAGGAAUACUUAUUGGAAUUGCAGCCAAAUAAUCGGCAGGCAAAGACGGAAAUCGAAAAGUUAGAGAAAGAAUUAGAAAAGUUAAAGAAGUCAAAUGCAACUGAAUCAAAAAGAAUUCGAAAAAAUUUAAAAAGAAUCGUUAUCGAAGAAAUUGGGAGUGAUGAGGAGGACAGUGGUGGUAAAAAGCAACCUUUGAAAGAAAAAGUAUCAGACAAAGAAGAAAAUAAUAAACUAAAAACGUUAGAGAAGAAGAAAUCUCAAGCUGAACCCCAGCAAUUAGUAGGGAAAUGUGAAGAACAUGCUAAAGACCUUGCCGAAGAAUUCGCUGUCCCAAAAUCACCUGUCCAGUUUGAAACUGACUUUAAAAAGUUGAAAAAGAACCCUGAACAGUUUAAUAGAUAUUUCCAGGCAAUACCUCCAAAAUCAUAUAAAAGCUUAUUUCACCAUUCAAUGGAUGAGGUGUUGCCUCUGGCCUUGAAUUGUCUUCACAAACACUACCUAAGAGACAACAAGGAAUAUUGGGAACAGUUGUCUUCUUUAACUGAAGUACCUCGCUUUGAAAUGGCACUUAUGUUUCUCAACAAGGAUUCGAAAAAUGUUAUUGCCGAACUCUUUAAAAACAUAAUGGAUACAGAAGAAUCAAGAAAAAUUGAGAAAGAAAACAUUUCAAAAGUAGCCAAAAAAUAUGGGUUGAAAUCGGUUUGAAAGGGUUCUAGAUUUGCUACUUGAAAAUUUUCCAUUAAGCUCAAAGUAUGGUUGUGAUUAAUUCUGGAAAUUUCUCUUGAAUGAAGUCUUUUUAUAGAGAA